GACCGUCUUCAUACACUCAUUGAACCUGUUUUCUCGAUAAAGCGAUCCUUAAAAAAGGUACUUGCAGCGGUCUAAGGUCAUUUGGCGGCCGUCCUAUGAUUGUGGGGCCGAGUGUUUCCGAUCUACUACGCAUAUUAUGAGGCGUGUCAUCUUGCUGGUAGCCAUAGCGAUGGUGAACAAUCUCGCUACAAGUAACGGGAAUUUUCCCGCUCCUGGUUGUGCAGUGCGGUGUUGGGAAAACACCAAAUAUGUCAGUGAAUGCUUGGACAAAAAGAUAUGUCUUUGCCAAGAUGCAGAAUAUCACAACUCCGUUUUUAAAUGCAUAUAUUCCCAAUGCGAUACUGCGCAUUUUGGUUCUGCAUUACAUCAUACAAUUACUCGAUGCGUCGGUGUUGCCGACAAUGUCAUUCUAGCAGUACCUAGGCUCUCAAAUCACGAUUCCUUGCGCCGAAGAGAAGCUGAAUAUCUACAAGGUGUCAAGAUGGAAGACUCGGAGUCAAUUGCGGGAUAUCCAACACUCAGUGGACUUCCGAUUCAAAGUUCUCUCCCAUUUGCAUCUGCAAUAGCCUUUUCAUCACUUCCGCCGAUAGUGCACCUUACGAGAGAUACUGUGGCAGCAUCGGUGACAGCAUCUGCCACAGCGCCUUUCAAUUCGAUUCAGACAACCUACAACACUGCCCCGGAAUUCGUCACGGCUAGUCCCCUUCUUUAUACUGGAGACGCUUUUAAAAUACAACCAAGUACAUUGUUCUCUUUCUUGGCUCCCAUUUUAGGAUUAUACAUGGCUGUUUGAUAGCCAAAUGCAAGUUGAUGGAAAUUUCUGGAUCUCAACAGAAGGCCGCGUUGGCCGGCUUCCAAGUGGUGUGGAGUGACAAGGGUGAAUAUAUAUAACAUGAUCCAUCAGUAUUUGAUAUUACACUCAUGUAUUUUUGCCUAUUGACGAUACGGCUCAGCUUUUAAAUAAUUGCCUACAAAGCCGAGGAUAGAAGAACAAGAGAGGGUGGUCUGGAGGCGUUCAAGGCACUUCUAUAUCCUUGGUGUUUUGUCUAAAUAGUAGGAAUUCUGUCAGGGGGAAUAUACAUAAAUAUGUACUUUAAGCGACGAAAAAGAUUGUGAUAAAAUCCCCUGCCA